AUGAGAUCCGUUCUCGGACUGCUUCUCUGUGUUUCAGCCGCCUCAGCUCAAGCCGCCAUGGCAUUUGCUGCAGCCGACCAAACAACCAUUGUCAAUACAAUGAACAGUCUGCGGUCACGGAUGGCGAAAGGAACGGAGAAAUGGGUUGGGAAAGGAAGAAACUAUCCACAAUCGAUUCGAACUUAUCAAUUGUCAUGGGCAGCUGGAUUGGCCACCGCUUCUGUGGCUCGUCUCAAUUUGUUGGAUCCUAGUCAACCAUUGAGUGCCCAAAGUGAUGUGUUGAAGGCCUCCGAUGUACCGUUUCAUCAAGGCGAAACCCAUUACGGUAUCUAUAGCACCAGCUCAAACGCGAAGACGACCGCUCAAAUGUUUGGUACCGCGUGGAAUACCGCCUGGUACAAUUUCAUCAAGAAAUCCGGUCUCCCUGGCCCGGGUCUCGUUUACAAUUCAACUGGCGUGCACCCCGACAAGAAUAAAAACUUUGCUUAUCAGAUUGCCGCCGGCCAGACUCGGACUAUCGGUUGUGCGUAUCGCAAUUUCACAACUGGAGCCGCUGCUGGGACAUUCGCUGUGCUUUGUCGUUACAAUGCUAGAGGUCUCUUCGACGGUAACCCUAUUUACCCGGAAGGUGUCACUUGUAGUGGAUGUGCCAAAGGGAAUCCACCAGCUACAGUAUGUGUCACUGCCACUGGUCUUUGUGCC